AAUCGGAGUUUGUCGGAGGGUGCAGGCGCGCCGCGCGAUUGCUAAGUUUUACUAACAUCGAGUGGAGUGACUAGUGAACGUGUUCUUUUUUGAAUUGUAAAAAUAAAUAAAAAUUACUUGAGUGUUAAGUGGGACAAAAUUUGUGCAUAUAUUUAUGAAUUUUGGUAAACACGAAAUAAAAUAAUACCGAACAUAAGAUGCAGUGAAAAUAGAUAAAAGAGUUUCAAAAUAAACAUUGCAAACUUCAAAAUCUGACGUAAAAAUGAAACAAUACAUACAUAAAUAAAAAGGUGCAAUAAAAACUAAAAUGGAAACCAACUGCACAAUUUAUAAGCCACAAAUGUUGAAAGAUUAGCAAACAUGUCGCAAGAGAACACAACUUACCUUCCGUGGAACAGUUCUGAGGCGGACGAGGGCGUCCCGCACUUGGAUCUGGACGUGUUCUACCGGCCCGACGUGGUGAUCAUCGUGCUGUACGUGGUGGUACUGACGGCAUCACUGUCUGCCAACACGCUGCUCAUCUUCAUAGUGAUCAAGUUCCAGUACAUGCGGAGUGUGACCAACAUAUUCCUAGUGAACCUCUCUGUGGCGGACCUGCUAGUGACAUUGUUCUGCAUGCCGGUGCAGAUCGCGAAGGCGGUCACCGUGCUCUGGUACUUCGGCGAGGUCAUGUGCAAGACUCUCAACUUCUUGCAAGGAGUAGCUGUAGCAUCAAGCGUCUUCACGAUCACUGCCAUGUCGGUGGACCGAUACUUGGCCAUCACGCAGUCCCUGAGGCAGCCGUGGAUGCCGUCGAGGCGUGGCAUGCGCACUCCUCGCCGCCCUCUGGCUCGUGGCGUUUGCAAUCUUCGCCCCACUGCUAGCAGUGGCGGCUGUGGAGCGAGAACGAGUCCCCUACUGUCUCGCACAAGGAAUGGAUCGACAGCUACAUCAGGUAAACGACCUGAUCAUCUGCAGUCGUUUCUCAAUAACAUAAAGAAAAAGAACUGUCCCGUCGCGAAAGGCAAAACUAUUCCUUAA